AUGGGGGUAGUUGCCGAAGGAGGAGGUGAAGAGGAGAAGAAGAUAAGAAUAGGAGUUUGUGUGAUGGAAAAGAAGGUGAAAUGCGGAAUUGAGGUAUUAUCAGCUCCAAUGGGACAGAUUCUUGAAAGAUUACAAGCAUUUGGUGAAUUUGAGGUUAUACAUUUCGGGGAUAAAGUGAUUCUUGAAGAUUCAAUUGAGGAAUUCUGUUGUGUGAGAGGAUAUGUUGUGGAGGAGUUACUUGUCAUGAUGUGUGCUGUGAAGUCACUAAUGCUGGCAGGCUCUGGAGACUUAUUUCUGGCAGUUCCAUGUGUAAUUAACUUGGUGAUUAUAAAGACGCUAUGGCCAAUAUGUGAUUGCUUAAUUGCUUUCCAUUCCAAUGGUUAUCCCCUCGAAAAGGCUGAGGCAUAUGCCACUUUAAGGAAGCCUUUUCUAGUGAAUGAAUUGGAGCCACAACAUCUUCUUCAUGACCGGCGGAAGGUGUAUGAGCAAGGUGAUUGGGAAUUUCCAUAUCAAGAGCUGGAUUAUUUUAUUGAAGAAGAAGAUUUUGUUGAGGUCCAUGGAAGUCGUUUUUGGAAACCCUUUGUAGAGAAGCCUGUUGACGAGUUUGCUUUACCUUCAGCAUGCAUGACAAUGACUCUUAUGUUGUACUUUUGUAAAGGGGAUGACCACAGUAUCAUGAUAUAUUAUCCCAGUUCAGCAGGUGGAGGUAUGAAGGAAUUGUUUAGGAAGGUUGGUAAUCGGUCAAGUGAGUUCCAUCCGGAAGUUAGAAGAGUGAGGCGUGAAGGCUCUUACAUAUAUGAAGAAUUUAUGCCAACUGGAGGGACAGAUGUGAAGGUUGUGUAUACUGUUGGUCCUGAAUAUGCACAUGCUGAGGCAAGGAAGUCGCCUGUUGUUGAUGGUGUUGUCAUGCGAAAUCCUGAUGGAAAGGAAGUGAGGUAUCCUGUGUUACUGACACCUAAUGAGAAGCAAAUGGCAAGAGAUGUUUGCAUUGCAUUUAGGCAGGCGGUUUGUGGGUUUGAUCUCCUGCGUUGUGAAGGACGAUCAUAUGUUUGUGAUGUAAAUGGAUGGAGUUUUGUGAAAAAUUCCUACAAAUAUUAUGAUGAUGCUGCUUGUGUGUUGAGAAAAAUGCUUUUGGAUGCCAAAGCUCCUCACCUUUCGUCAGCAAUUCCGCCCACUUUACCAUGGAAAGUCAACGAACCAGUCCAGCCUUCUGAGGGAUUAACUCGUCAGGGAAGUGGGAUUAUUGGCACAUUUGGGCAGGCUGAGGAGCUACGCUGUGUGAUUGCCAUUAUUCGUCAUGGUGAUAGAACUCCCAAACAGAAGGUGAAGUUGAAGGUUACUGAGGAAAAACUGCUAAACUUGAUGUUAAAGUACAAUGGGGGACGACCCAGAUCUGAGACCAAACUUAAAAGUGCUGUUCAAUUACAAGAUCUGUUAGAUGCAACACGAAUACUUGUACCUCGUACAAGGUAUCUUUUGAAAUUCUACAAUUCCACUGAUUUAACUGCUGAAGAUGGACCGGGUCGAGAAAGUGACAGUGAGGCCGAAGACAUUGAGCAUGCUGAAAAGCUACGCCAAGUUAAAGCAGUUCUUGAGGAGAAGAGUAGUCAAGUUUUGAUUGCAUUGAUGUUAAUGGCUCAUCUUGCAUAUUACAAUUGCGAAAUUAAUUCUAAUGAUGCAACAAUGCUGUUAAGAAAAGAGUUGAUUGGCAUCCCAUGCUCAGUGCUUAGAGGGGGACAUUUCUCUGGUAUUUAUAGGAAGGUCCAGCUAAAGCCUCUGAAGUGGGUUAAAGUUCCAAAAAGUAAUGGUGAAGGCGAGGAAGAACGACCAGUUGAAGCUCUCAUGGUUCUUAAAUAUGGAGGUGUACUUACCCAUGCUGGCAGAAAGCAGGCUGAAGAACUGGGUAGAUAUUUUCGAAAUAAUAUGUAUCCAGGUGAAGGAACAGGCUUGCUUCGUCUUCAUAGUACAUAUCGUCAUGACCUUAAAAUUUACAGUUCUGACGAAGGUCGUGUACAGAUGUCUGCAGCGGCAUUUGCAAAGGGCCUCCUUGAUCUGGAAGGACAGCUAACACCAAUUCUGGUUUCCCUUGUUAGCAAGGAUUCCUCCAUGCUGGAUGGACUUGACAAUGCCAGCAUUGAGAUGGAAGAAGCCAAGGCUAGGUUGAAUGAGAUUAUAACUUCUGUUGCAAAGAUAGUUAAUAGCAAUGGAUCCUCUGAGUGUCCUUGGAUGACUGAUGGAGCUGGUCUGCCUUCAAAUGCUUCUGAACUUCUCCCUAAACUGGUAACAUUGACUAAGAAGGUAACAGAACAAGUGAGACUACUUGCCAAGGAUGAAGAUGAAGAACUUACAGAGACAAGCUCAUAUGAUGUAAUUCCACCAUAUGACCAAGCAAAGGCUCUAGGUAAAACAAACAUUGAUAUAGAUCGUAUUGCUGCUGGAUUACCAUGUGGAAGUGAGGGAUUCCUGUUGAUGUAUGCUCGCUGGAAGAAGCUUGAAAGAGACUUGUAUAAUGAACGCAAAGAAAGGUUUGAUAUAACACAAAUCCCUGAUGUUUAUGACUCUUGCAAAUAUGAUCUGUUGCACAAUGCUCACCUUAAUCUAGAGGGGCUGGACGAACUCUUUAAAGUUGCUCAGUUACUUGCUGAUGGUGUCAUUCCUAAUGAGUAUGGAAUUAAUCCAAAGCAGAAAUUGAAGAUUGGCUCAAAGAUUGCUCGUCGUUUGUUGGGCAAAAUAUUGAUUGAUCUUAGGAAUACACGUGAGGAAGCCAUUAGUGUUGCUGAAUUAAAAUGUAAUCAAGAUCAGCAAUCAGCUUCUAAGAAGACUGAAAAGGAAGACACAGAUUAUCAGUCAAAGCUUUGCAUAAAGAAUGAAGACAUGAGAAGAACUAGCACCACUAGUGAAAUAUCAAUGGAUCAGGAUGAUGAUGAUGAUAAGGAGACGCAAUACCGUUUGGAUCCAAAGUAUGCAAAUGUAAAGACACCAGAACGUCAUGUCCGUACACGCCUCUAUUUUACAUCGGAAUCACAUAUCCAUUCCCUUAUGAAUGUUUUACGUUACUGUAACCUGGAUGAAUCUCUUCAAGGAGAGGAUAGCCUUGUUUGCCAUAGUGCCUUGGAGCGUUUAUACAAAACCAAGGAGCUUGAUUACAUGAGCUAUAUUGUGCUGAGGAUGUUUGAGAAUACUGAGGUGAUUUUCAACAUUGAGGAAACUGAUUACUUGGCCACCAAAUCAAAUUCAGCUGUAUGCGAAUACCUUGCAGCUGGACCCCUUACCUUCGCCCUUAAUGCACAGUUUAAAUUUCUGGUCGCUUUAGAAGACCCAAAAAGGUUCCGUGUAGAGAUGACUUUCAGCCGUGGUGCAGACUUGUCCCCAUUGGAGCCUGGCCAUCAUCACUGCUUGUUAUUGCCUACUAGGCAUAUCCUUGAGAUAGUAAAAAUGUUUGGAAAAGAAGUAAAUGGAGGGGAAGGAAUGGCAAUGGAGGCUAAUGGCUUUCUAACCUUUUCUGGGGAGGGGAUUUUUUUAUGGAUGGCCCCUCCAAAGGGUCACCUCCACACCCCCAAUUUGGGGGUUAAUGGAGGAGAGAAAAACGACAGUGAGGCUACCUCAUUGCAUCAGGAGCACACUCUUCCAAUAAUGGGUCCAGAAAGGCUGCAAGAAGUGGGAUCCUAUCUCACAUUAGAGAAAAUGGAGAUGAUGUUUCGUCCUUUUGCUAUGCCAGCAGAAGACUUUCCUCCGCCAUCAACCCCCGCAGGAUUCUCAGGCUACUUCUCAAAAAGUGCAGCAGUACUUGAGCGCCUUGUUAACCUUUGGCCCUUCCACAAGCAUGAUAAGCAUGAUAAACAUGGAAGUGCUAAUGGAAAGUAG